AUGCAGCAGGAAGUGAAGCUUUACAACAAUCCCAAAGAGCGGGAGAUGUACGAGAACAUGGCGGAUCUCUAUUCCAUCAUCAAAACUACAGAGGCGCUGGAGCGCGCUCACAUGCGGGAUGCCAUUAAUUAUGAAGAGUACCGCGGCGCGUGCGCUAAGUUGAUCACGCAGUACAAGACGGCGAGGAAGGUGACGCAGCCCCACGUACCCGACGUGCGCAAGUUCAUGCAGGACUACCGCCUCGACUGCGAGGCCGCCCUCGAUCGGCUCGAGUCCGGAGUACCGGACAACCCGGACGUGACGAUCGACCCCAAGGUGGUGGCCGAGACCGUGCAGUUCUUCAUCACCGCCAUGGACUCGCUCAAGCUCAACAUGAACGCCAUCGAUCAGGUUCAUCCCCUCUUGACUGACCUGUUCGAGUCGCUGAACCGAAUAUCCGCGCUCGCGCCCAACUUUGAGGGCAAGGCCAAAGUCCGUCACUGGCUUUCGCUGAUGGCCUCGAUGAAGGCCAGCGAUGAGCUCAACGACGAGCAGGUGCGUCAGCUCCUGUUCGACCUCGAGACCUCCUACACCGCUUUCCACAACUCGCUCGGCGGCGGCAAGUAG